GGGUGAGAGACUCCAAGCCCCUCAGAUUUUUUUUGCCCUGUUAAAUCUUACCUCACUCCUUUGGGCUUCAGAGGUAUCGUAGUGGGGUAUUGGCCUGCGCACCCGUCUCUGAGAGCCGACCUCGGUGCUGGGCAUUGCGCGGCUGUGUCGAGAUGGUGAAGCUGUUCAUUGGAAACCUGCCCCGGGAGGCCACAGAGCAGGAGAUCCGCUCACUCUUCGAGCAGUAUGGGAAGGUGCUGGAAUGUGACAUCAUUAAGAACUACGGCUUUGUGCACAUAGAGGACAAGACAGCGGCCGAGGAUGCCAUACGCAACCUGCACCACUACAAGCUACACGGGGUGAACAUCAACGUGGAAGCCAGCAAGAAUAAGAGCAAAACCUCCACAAAGUUGCACGUGGGCAAUAUCAGCCCCACCUGUACCAACAAAGAGCUUCGGGCCAAGUUUGAGGAGUAUGGCCCAGUCAUCGAAUGUGACAUCGUGAAAGAUUAUGCCUUCGUACACAUGGAGCGGGCAGAGGAUGCAGUGGAGGCCAUCAGGGGCCUUGACAACACAGAGUUUCAAGGCAAACGAAUGCACGUGCAGUUGUCCACCAGCCGGCUUAGGACUGCGCCCGGGAUGGGAGACCAGAGCGGCUGCUAUCGGUGCGGGAAAGAGGGGCACUGGUCCAAAGAGUGUCCGAUAGAUCGUUCGGGCCGAGUGGCAGACUUUACCGAGCAAUAUAAUGAGCAAUAUGGAGCAGUGCGUACACCUUACACCAUGAGCUAUGGGGAUUCGUUGUAUUACAACAACGCGUACGGAGCGCUCGAUGCCUACUACAAGCGCUGCCGUGCUGCCCGGUCCUAUGAGGCAGUGGCGGCUGCAGCUGCCUCUGCGUAUAAUUACGCAGAGCAGACCCUGUCCCAGCUGCCACAAGUCCAGAACACAGCCAUGGCCAGUCACCUCACCUCCACCUCUCUUGAUCCCUACGAUAGACACCUGUUGCCGACCUCAGGAGCUGCUGCUGCUACAGCUGCUGCUGCUGCAGCAGCCGCUGCUGCUGUUACUGCAGCUUCCACUUCAUAUUACGGGCGGGAUCGGAGCCCCCUGCGUCGCGCUACAGCCCCAGUCCCCACUGUUGGAGAGGGCUACGGUUACGGGCAUGAGAGUGAGUUGUCCCAAGCUUCGGCGGCCGCGCGGAAUUCCCUGUACGACAUGGCCCGGUAUGAGCGGGAGCAGUAUGCGGAUCGGGCGCGGUAUUCAGCCUUUUAAGGCUUGAGGUGGGAUGUGUGUGGGCUGAAAUUCCGAGCUGCGGUUGUGCAUGAGAAUACACCCUUCGUGGUACCCCAUCUCCGGGACGUUCUCGGCUCUGUACGUUCAGUCCCUCAGGAACCGUGGACCUUAAUUUACCUUGCUAAGUUCAGACCACCUCUUCCUUUCCUCCUUCCUGCCCAUUUUCCCGUUCUUCCUGUUCUUCAGUACUUCUGUAGUUUCCCAUUUAUGUUCUGUUCUCCCAGCAGGCCUCAUUGUGUGCAGAAACUGUGGUGGGGGUUGUGCUGUCUCCCCGCCUCCUGCUUCCAGUGGGUGUUGGACUUGGGAAUGACCUUGAUGAGAGUGUCCCUGUUCCUGAGUCUUUUUGGCCCGAAGGCUUGUGGCGGGUAGACACAUAGAGUUGGGUAACUUUUUUUUUUUUUUCCGUGAAAUAAAUGGUUUUUCAACUUAGGGUAUGUGUGCUUUGAGAGAGUUCUUGCUUGGGCUUGUGUCUGGAUUCUUUAUUUGUUCCUGGAAGAGAAGGGGAGGGUAUAAAGUUUGACAUUGAGCUCUGGGUGAACAUUAUUGCAGUUACUUUAUUGUAGAUAGGACUUACAGGUGCCAAAGGAGAAAGAGGUCGUGUGCAGAAGAACCCAGGCAGGUAGCCUUAUUCCAGUAAAGACUUCUUCCCACUAGUCUACCAUUGUAAUAAAACCAACUACUUAAUAGUAGUUUUGAGAUAUAGGUCUUUCCCUGCUUGCAAAGCAGUCAUCACGUACCUCUUACUACCAUUCUAACCACCCACCCAGUCAGUACAUCUAGCCUGAUUUAUUGCCAAGAUAGAGUUCUAGGAAAAGGAAGCGUUUGAAGGAAUAGGUCAAGCUUUCAUUUUUCAUGCCAUAUGGAAAAAUAAAGUUGUGGUUCUGUCAGCAUUCUGCUGCUUCUCUAGGCCAGUAAGUAACAUUUUUUUGAUGCCUUUCACCAUCUGUUUUUAUAGCUCUGCCAAAAUCCAAAGAAUACCUGAAUGGUACCACUAGCACCUCAUUAACUUGUACUUAGAGCCUUUAGAAUGAUAGGCACAGAAAAAGGACCCAACAGUGAGCUUCAGAGUAUUUAAUAAUGUGCCUGGGAAUGAGUGCAAGAAAGAGCUACUGCCUCCUAGUUCCAUGUUUCUAUCAAAAUAGAAUGUCUUCCAGAUUUUUUUUUUGUCUGUACUUUGGUUCCAGUUUUAACAUUAUAAAUAGUAAGGCAUUAUGUAGGGUAUUUUCUAGAACCAUUCAUUCAAUAAAUAUUGAGCACCUACUGUAUGCCUUUAGGAAAGGUGGGUUGUGAUGGGAGUUAAGAAAAAGGAUCUGGUCUUUAGUUGGGUGAUUUCUCAAUUUUUCUACUUAAGGCUUCUACCUGACUGGUGCUGAUUGAUAGAUGGCCAAGAUGGAAAUAACCCUGUAUGUAUAAACUUGUAACUUACUGAAUGUUUGCUCCGUACGAAACCCCAUGAUUGGUCAUUUAUGUGUUCUCUCAUUUAACACUCCCAGGCACCAUUUUUCUGAAAAUUCUGUUUUAUUCCUCUAACCCUCAAAAUACAAAUAAUUGCUGAACACAGAAGCUGUUUAUGAUUGGGAGGUCUAGUGAUUUAAGAACAGUUCCAGGAAGACUAUUGGUGGAGUUAAGGGGAUUAAGGUUGAAAGAGUUAUUAGCUUCUACAGAUAAAGAAGUGGUCAAUAACGGGAAGAUUGUGAGUAAAGUCUAUAGUUACUUUACUUGCAUUUGUCUCUUUUAUCUUCCUUGGCUGGGUCUGCCAUUCCCACUUCUUGGAGGGUGGUGCCUACUUUGAUCCCCUUUUCUCUGAAAAGCUGGACCCAUCACUCUUCGGCACUUCGAUUGGUACACCCCUGCUGUACCAAGGGGUGGAAUUGGCAAGUUUCAGAAGAUGGAGACUAACAGUAUUCAUUGCUUCAACAAAUAAUUUGAUAUUUUGUAAAGUAUUGUUGUAGGUGCUGGCUAUAGUUCUGGAGCUUAUGGUGUAGGGGGUACAAAAUGUCAAAUAGGGAAUUUUACUUAGAUGUGACUAGUGGAAGAAAGUUUUUCUGUGGUGAUGGCAUGUCAUAGAUUAGAUAUGGAGGUAAUAUAUUUUUGCUCUAUAAAACAUAGUGUUUGGUUAAAAUUUUAAAGGGAGUCGUUCUUUUUCCUUUGAGAGCAUGGUCUCCCUCUAACAGACAACCUAAGAGCAGUUUUUCAUGAUUGUCAAAAUCUGGGCUAGUUUAAUGCUCCAUUCCUGUUGUGCUCUGUAAUUAUUGUUAAAAGGCAAAACACUAUUAACAGUGGAAAUGAAUUCUAAAACUUAAUGUUGAAAUAUCAGCAAGUCCAAUUUAAAUAAAGUUUUUUUAAAUUAGUGUUUAAGCUUCCAGUCAGGUGUACCUCUGAGUUGAGGCUACGUAGUCUGCUCUGUGAAAUAGACAAAAUUAUACUAUCACUUAGCUCAGGAGUCCUACAGUAGUUUAAGAGUAAUGCUUUCAUACAUGGAUUUUCUGUAGCCUUCCACCAUUCCUUCUGUUGAGUAAAGUGUGCUUAGCAUCCACCUGAGAGCUGGCUUUGUAGUUCAUGAAAUACUUAACUGGUCACCUACUAUGUGUAAGUACACUUGUGGAGACGACAAAGAUACCUGUCCUCACCUUGCCCCUGCAAGUAGCUUUCUGUCUAGGUCUUGGGUGUGCAGAUGAUUGUUGUAUCACUGGAAGUCAGGUGGGGAUGGGAAUGGUCACACUAUUCUGUAGCGUUGGCAUCUGGCCCAGAUAUAACCCAUCUGAUUCUGGAUGGGUCAUAGGACUUAGAGCUGUUUUCAGGGUGAUACUGGGGUUUGAUUUGGUGUUAGGCCUUAACUUUGACGUAAAAGAGUCUUCCAGGCAUCAAAAUUGGGGUUGACUUGGGUGAAUGCCAAAUUAAGCCAGGCUCCUUAGCCCAGAGUUAACCGAAGCACAUAAACUAGACUGUAGGGGGAUAGAGUCCUGAGAGGUAGAGCAUUAGCAUUGUUCUUUUUUUUUUCCUUAGAUUUUAUUUAUUUAUUUGACACAGCGUACAAACGGGGAGCAGCAGAGAGAGGGAGAAGCAGGCUCCCCGCUGAGCAGGAAUCCUGAUGCAGGGCUUGAUCUCAGGACCCUGGGGUCAUCAUCCGAGCUGAAAGCUGACCCUUAACAAACUGAGCCACCCAGGCACCCCAGCAUGCUGGUGUUAAGUGCUGUUGCAAACUACUGGAGUAAAGUUUGCUCAGUACUGCUGUUUUCCAUGUGGUCUCCUGCUGAGGCAAAAAAGAAUUCCCAGAAUAAUGACAGUGGGAAGUCCCGGGAGUCCUUUGCUUUGGGCUUGGAGAACAGUAUAGUCUUGGUUGAAGCAGGGCAAAGUAGAGUUACAGAAGGGAAUUCCAAGACAGAAUUUAAAAAUUCCUGUAUUUUAAUAUUGUGAGGAAAUUUUUGGUUCAUUUGAAGAGUGUGGAGCUUGCAUUACUAAUAAGUACAUAGAAAAUAAAUGAAAAUACGUUAAGUGUUUUACCAAAACUUGUAAAUUAGAAUUAUGGGGCUCAGCCUAGUCAUCAUGGCAGCAGUGUUCAUCAAGUAAUUGUCAGCUAACUAAAUUGGGAGAAUGGGGAAGUGUGGAUGGGUGAGUUAUGAGAUGUCUAAGAGCAAAACUCAUUCAAUAAUAGAAAUUAACAGAUAAUUUUAAAAAGUGAUAAAUGGAGAAUAAUGACGAUCUUAUUGAGUCCCAUAAAGGUAAGAACAGCUAAAAAGUUGUUUUCUGGGGAGGAUGAAGCAAGAGACUUGAAAACCUUGUACUAUUUGUUAAACCAUGUUUAUGGAUUAUUAUGAUAAAAGUAAAUUUUUGUCAUGCUAACAGUUCUUUUCUCUUAAGCCUGAGGUGAUGGCUAAACACUCAGUGAAUCUUUUCAACUGACAGGAGCAGGGACUUGUAUUACUUUAUUGACAAGUAAAUAGCAUUUCUGAGAUAACAGGGCAGAGAUGGUGCUAGUAGUCUAUCACAGAGAUAAGACACCAAAGAAGGAAGUGCUUGAGCUAGUGGUGUAAACCUUAAAAACUGAAUUGAGCAUUUUAUUACUGCUCCUGUUUUGUCUAACUUCUCAAGGCCAACAGAGGGAAACAGUACUCUUUUCUUUGUCCACGAGGGCUGGUUCUUCCUUUAAGGGCUGAGCCUGCUGGUUUCAUUGAGUACCUCUAUCCAACAAGCUGAGUUGUUCCUACUCCAUUAUGCAACAAGAUGGGACCUCUCUAAAUUUCACUAUGUAAGAAAUGUUAAAACCAGCUGUGUGAGGGUCUGGAGCUUCCUUAGUAUAGAAUAGAACUUCCAUUCUUAUCUAUAUCAUCCAUGCUUUUGCAAGAGGAGGAAGGUAGUUUUUACCCACUGGCUUGAGCUGGUGUAGGACCCUUCUGAUUUAUUUAUAGACGUGAAAUGGUUUGAAAAACAGGUUUGAGUAGUGAACAAAGAAGUUUUUCCUGGAAAGCCUGGAAGCUAAGAUGCCAAAAAACGUUUCCUAUAGAGUUUGACCAUGGUGCCAUCUAUAAAAAUGCAGAAGACCUGGCAAAGAUGGGGAACCAGAUUUUGAAUAUAUACUUCAAUUGAAAAGAAAAAAGUUUUAUGGAAUGAAAUUAACAUGAAGUUACAGGAUUACAUAUUUAAUCAGUUCUUACAUUUUCCUCACGUUUUCUAGUAUCUCUGAAAUUUGAAUGUAUUUUGAUAUCCAUAGUUUAAUUAGCAGUGCCUUGGUUUUAGUGGUAUGUGAAAUAAUGAUGCACCUUAAAAAUCGACAUUUUGUAUUAAAUGAAAUAUGGUUAUGUUGCAUGAGUGCAAGUAUCUGUAAGCUAUAUUCAUAGAGGUGGAAUGGCAUUUUACAUUUUGGUACAUGUGAGAUUCUCAAAAGCUAUACAACUUAGUCCAUUAGGCAUCUGACUCUUGGUUUCGGCUGAGGUUAUGAUCUCCAGGUCUUGGGAUCGAGCUCUGCAUUGGACUCCAUGCUCUGCUUGAGAUUCUCUCCUCUCCCCUUUUGUUCCUCCUCCCCUUUCUAAAAUAAAUAAAAUCUUGGGGCACCUGGGUGGCUCAGUCGUUAAGUGUCUGCCUUUGGCUCAGGUCAUGAUCCCAGGGUCCUGGGAUCGAGCCCCACAUUGGGCUCCCUGCUUGGUGGGAGGCCUGCGUCUCCCUCUCCUACUCCCCAUGCUUGUGUUCCUGUUCUCCCUAUCUCUCUCACUCUCAAAUAAAUAAAAUCCUAAAAAAAAUUAAACUCUUUACCAAAAAAAAAGUUACUACAGUUUAUAUUCCUGCCAGCAAGGUAAUGAAAAUGUUUUCUUAAACCCUAAUCCAGUGCAUUGUUGAUCUUUUCCAACUUAAUAGAUGCUGUUUUUAUUCAUUUAUUUAUUCAUUUAUUUAUUAUUAUUUUUAGUAAUUUAUUUGAUAGAGAGCACAAGCAGGGGGAGCAGCAGAGGGAGAGGGAGAAGCAGACUCCCCACUAAGCAGGGAGCCUAAUGCGGGGCUCGAUCCCAGGACCCUGAGAUCACGACCCAAGCCAAAGGCAGACGCUUAACCGACUGAGCCACCCAGGCGCCCUGCUGUUUUUAUGAGUGCAGUAGAUCAUCUCUAUUUUUAACAGCCAUUUAUAUUUCCUUUUUGUCUUCAUAUCCUUAGUCCUUAACCUUUUUAAAAACACGGUAUUGGUUUUAUUAAUUUGUGGAAGCAAUACAUAAGUUUAGGAACCUAACUUUGUGAUCUGAGUUGCUAGUGUUUUUUUUCCAGUUUGUCACUUCAUGAUGUUUUUGUUAUGUAGAAAAAUUAAAUGUGUGGUAGUUGAAUUUCCAGCCUUUUCUUAGGAUUUGAGGAUUUUGCAUCAUACUUGGGAUUUCUGCACUUGAAAAAGAUAAGAAAAUUCUUAACUUUUUUUCCUGGUACUUUUAUGGUUUCAUUUUUUAAGUUUAGAAUUUUAAUCUUUGGAAUUUAUUUGUAUAAAGUGUGAUGUAGAUCUCUAACCUUUUUUUCUGGAUGGCCUCUCAGUUGGGGAACAAAUUGAAACAAAUCUCAGUUUAAUUGCAGUGGAACGAAGGGAUGAAAAUAAUGCUAUUUAGAACAUCAUAUCUCCUUUUCUGAUUGUAAGGAAGAAAUUUUAGCACCCUUUUUGACAAAAGACUGGAAUGAACAGAACAUGGAUGCCUCCUACCUUCUCUAACAAACCCUGCUUAUCCAGGGAGGAACCACUGCCUUAGACUAAUUAUUAAAUCAUAGCCUCUAGGGGUUGGCCUGGCAGCAAAAUCAACCCUUGUGAAUCUGAAUAAAGUACUUAGGCUUUACUUUAUGGAGUGUUAAUCAGAUUUGUUGGGGUUGGCAUGCCUGUCCUUCAGGAUUCAUUCUGUAGGAUUCAGCCUACAGAACUUGAUGAAGAACUGAUGGUGCUCCCCAAUCCAUUUGUGGCAAUGCCCAGGACUUCUCUAUCAGGGUUGGGCCUACAGGGACCCAUCUUGGCUCUUAGUCAAGAUGGAUGAGACUGAUUUUUCUCUCCUCACCCGUUUCUUCUCUAUAACACUGUUUCUAGCUCUGGUGGAAAGCAUGCAUACCAACCUGGGGGCAGACACGUAAGUUUUAACCCCUUAACUUUUGAAAUUUUCUUUGGCAAAUUAUACUCAUUGGCAAUCUUAAGACAAAACUUAUAUUUGGUGAAAGGGCUCAUUUUACUUGAUUUGGCUGCUCCUGUUCCAUCUGUGCAUUGGCCUAUUUGGCCUUUUCUUAUAUUCGCUUUCUUAGGAGUUAUUCUUUACCCAGGUCUUAUGGCCUUUUCCUUGAAGUAGGCCUUUUACAAUGUGUAAGCUAUCUGACUGCAGAAUACAUCUUAGACUUGGCCCAAGUUACGCGUCAUUAUGUUGUCCUGAGUGGAGAUCUUAAUCUCCCAGGUUUUCAGCUGAGGGUAGACUUGCUGAACCUUUACCCAGGUGGCUUUUCCAUACUGGUUGUAGGUCAAGUUAUAGAUUAUAGUGCUAUAUUAGCAGAUGUCUUAAUUUCUUGGGUGUCCAGAGCCAUGGGUUUUUUGUUUUGUUUUUAUUUUCCCUUCUUGGCAUCUAGUUCUUGUACAUUCUUAAGCUACAGCAAAAACAGCCCCUUCCAUUCCUUAUUUCACUAAACUAAACUAUUUGACAGACUUUACAUGGCAUGAUGUAUUAUGUAGACCAGCAUUCCUAUUGGUGGGUGGUUUUUUAUCAGAAACUAAUUUCUUAUGUAGCUCAUAUAACUGGAUUUAGAAAGUUAUGUUAGAACCAUAAUGAUGGGCUUUUAUCAAACUGAAUAAUGGAAAUGGUAGCUGGACAUCAUCAAAAAUCAGUUAAAUUAGUCAUAAAAAUGUUUCUUGAAACAAAUUUCCUUUAGGUUUUAGUGUUGGAUAUCUUUUAAGGUAGGAAGUGGAUAAAUCUGACUGGCAUUAUUUUCCCCCUUCACCAAUGGGUAAAUCACAUCAGUGGUGCACCAACUGAUACGGAAGGGUGUCUUGGGGUUUUUUUUUUGGUUUGGAAACCAUCCUUCUAAAAUGUCAACCUCUUAAUUUUUUAAAUUUACUUCCUUUUCUUAUGUCAGCCAUCUUGUGUCUUUCCAGAUUGCUUUCUUCAAUAUUUCAACUCUUCGAUCCCAUUGGAACUUCUAAUUCAUUGGUCCAACUUUUCAUUGUCCCCCACCCUCUUAUAUUCUCACUUCCUUACCCAGCUUGAAAUACAUGCCAGUCAUUAUCAUUUCUUUGCUUACAUCCUUUUCCUUGCAAACCUUGGGACUACCCAGUCCCCCAGCUUCAUCAUACACACUUAGCAGAACCACAUCCCAGAUUAAAUCCAGUUCAUCUGUUCAUAGUCACUUGAUUGAUGAGGCUGAAGGUGAUGGAGAAAAACAGUCUCAGUGACUGGUCUCACUUGGAAGAAUGUUCACAAACCUUGUCUCGAGUAGACCCGUGGUUCUGCCAGGCAAUCAGGAGCACAGGUCCCUAGUCCAUUCUCAGUCUCUUUCACGUCCUCUCUUAGGCUUACUCAGCUACUGGCCUACUUUACUCUUACUUUACUGAGAAAACAAGCAAUUGGAAGGGAAUUCAGUCUUCUCAUCACAGUUGGGCCCCUCCAGCAUCUGCAGCCACAUCACAUCACAUUCCCUCUGGUUCGCUUGCUGCCAGUGCCCCCACUUAAUACCUUAGGGCCCAACUCGCUGCUGCUGUUCUUUCCUUCUCCUAUCAUCCAGUUUUCUUCUUUACUGGGUCAGUCUUACUAGCAUUUCAAAUAUUGUUAUUCCCAUUAAAAAUAUUUCUUGACUAUGUCUUCUCUUGCUUGUUACCACCACUUCGUUUCUUCACUCCUUUUUGUAGCAAAACUCCUCAAGAGCAUUUUCUAUGGUUUUGUCUCUAAUUAUUGCCUUCCAUUUUCUCUUAAACCCUCUUUAUUUUUUAAAGAUUUUAUUUAUUUGAGAUGGAUAGAGCGAGCGGGAAGGAGAGGGAGAAGGAGGCUUCCCCCAGAAUCAUGACCUGAGCCGAAGGCAAAUGCUCCCCUGACUGAACCACCCAAGGCACCCACUCUUAAACCCUCUUUAUUUCUUUAUUUUUUUCAAGAUUUUAUUUUAUUUUUUUUUAGAUGUUGUAAAAUUUAUUUUCUGACGGAGAGAGACAGUGAGAGAGGGAACACAAGCAGGGGGAGUGGGAGAGGGAGAAGCAGGCUUCCCGCGGAGCCAGGAGUCUGAUGCGGGGCUCGAUCCCAGGACGCUGAGAUCAUGACCCGAGCCGUAGCCAGACGCUUAACGACUGAGCCACCCAGGUGCCCCUAUUUUUUUAAAGAUUUUAUUUGUCAGAGAGCGAGCACAAGCAGGGGGAGCGGCAGGUAGAGGGAGAAGCAGACUCCGUGCUGAGCAGGGGCCCAAUGCGGGACUCAAUCUCAGGACCCUGGGAUCAUGACCUGAGCUGAAGGCAGAUGCUUAACUGGCUGAGCCACCCAGGCAUCCCCUUAAACCUCUUUAAUCAGACUUUCACCCCUACCAUUCCACAAGAACACUGCUUGUGAUUUUAUGUUGCUAAGUCAUGUGGUCCCUUUUUUUUUUAACUGAAAAGAUUGAGGCUUAUUUCUUAUGUCACAUGCGCAUUGUGGCGGUGUGGUGGUUCCUCCUCUGCGUUAGUCCUCAUGACUCAAGGAAACAGUGAACAUAGGAAGUUGUGUGUUAGGAUAUAGCUUUGUAUUAAUUUUUUCUUUUUAAAGAUUUGUUUAUUUGACAGCGAGAGACGGAACACAAGUAGGGGUAGGAGGCAGUGGGAGAGGGAGAAGCAGCCUUCCUGUGAGCAGGGAGCUCCAUGCAGUGCUCCAUCCCGGGGUCCUGGGAUCAUGACCUGAGCUGAAGGCAGAUGCUUAACGACUGAGCCACCCAGGCGCCCCAGGAAAUGGCUUUGUAUUAAAAAGGGAAGAGUUGAGGGGCGCCUGGGUGGCUCAGUUGGUUAAGCGACUGCCUUCGGCUCAGGUCAUGAUCCUGGAGUCCCAGGAUCGAGUCCCGCAUCGGGCUCCCGGCUCGGCGGGGAGCCUGCUUCUCCCUCUGACCCUCUCCCCUCUCCUGCUGUUUCUCUCUCUCUCAAAUAAAUAAAUAAAUAAAAUCUUUAAAAAAAAUAAAAAGGGAAGAGUUGAGUAUGGAGUGUUAGAGUGAGAGCAGUGUAUGUGUGCAGAUUACAGUGAUAAAUAGGGGGCCCAGCCUCACUGAGAAACAGAUUUGAGCAGAUUUGAAUGAGGUAAGGGUUAGCCAAAUAGACUUCUAGUAUUCUUAAGUGGAGAGAACAACUUGAGCAAAGGCCCAAGGUGGGAUUGUAGCUGGCCUUUUUUAAUAGUAAGGCUGAUAGGUGCAAGAGUGGAGUGACAGGGAGAGAGUAGUAGAGGAGGUUAGAUCCUUAAAUGAUGGGGCAGAUCAUCUAAGACCUGUUUGGUCUUUACUCUUUUUUUUUUUUUUUUUUAAGAUUUUAUUUAUUUGACAGAGAAAGAGAGCGUGCACACAAGCAGGGGGAGCAGCAAAGGGAGAGGGAGAAGCAGGCUCCCCACUGAGCAGGGAGCCCAAUGUGGGGCUCUAUCCCAGGACCCUGAGAUCACGACCUGCGCAGAAGGCAGCCACUUUACCGACUGAGCCACCCGGGUGCCCCCUCUUUUUUUUUUUUUUUUUAAGAUUUUAUUUAUUUGUCAGAGAACAAGCAGGGGGAGCGGCAGGCAGAGGGAAAGGGAGAAGCAGGCACCCCUCGGAGCAAGGAGCCCGAUGCAGGACUCAAUCCCAGGAGAGAUCUUUUUAUUUUAUUUUAUUUUAUUUUAUUUUAUUUUAUUUUAUUUUAUUUUAAAGAUUUUAUUUAUUUAUUUGAGAGAGAGAAUGAGAGACAGAGCAUGAGAGGGAGGAGGGUCAGAGGGAGAAGCAGACUCCCCGCUGAGCAGGGAGCCCAAUGCGGGACUCGAUCCCAGGACUCCAGGAUCAUGACCUGAGCCGAAGGCAGUCGCUUAACCAACUGAGCCACCCGGGCGCCCCCAGGAGAGAUCUUAACUGACUGAGCCACCCAGGUGCCCCUGACCUUUACUCUUUUUUUUUUUUUUUAGAUUUUAUUCAUUUGACAGAGACACAGCGAAGGAGGGAACACAAACAGGGGGAGUGGGAGAGGGGGAAGCAGGCUUCCCGUGGAGCAGGGAGCCCGAUGUGGGGCUCGAUCCCAGGACCCUGGGACCCUGACCUGAGCCGAAGGCAGAUGCUUACCAACUGAGCCACCCAGGCGCCCCUGGCCUUUACUCUUGAGUGAAAUAGUCUUGUAUUGUUUUUAAGGGUGACACACCUUUUAUAAAGAAAAGGGAUUUAUUGAGGUGUUCUUUCCAUGAGGUAAGAUAACACUGGUUUUAGGAAUACAGUUUGACAGACUGAUAAAUUACAAGAUGAAGAACAUUUUUGUCACCUCAAAAGGCCCUAGUGCUGCUUUGCAGUUAAUCCCCUCAGCCCCUGGUCAAUUUUUAGUUCUCAUCUACCUACUUCUAUCUUUGGUAUUAGUAUUUGACAUAGUUGAUUACUUUGUUCCUUAACACUUAAUUCAUUUGACUUCCAGGACACAACACCUGGUUUUUCUACCUUUUCAAUUUCUUCUGCUGGUUCCUCUCUCUCUCUAAUCUCUUGAUGUUAGAGGCUCCAUAGUUCAGCUCUGGGUCUUUGGUGAUCCUGUGGAUUCAAAUGGCAUCUAUAUAUCAACAUUCCCAAGUUAAGUCUCUGGUCCAGAUCUUCCAAAUUUCAGAUUCAUAUCCUACUUGCCAGUUUGAUAUUUUUGCUUGAGCAUCUGGUAUUUUCCAAACUUGUGUAAAUUUGAUCUUCUGAUAAGUAUCCCCUUCUAUUCACCACUCCUCUUGUACCGUUCCGUCAUCUCAGUUGAUGGAGACUCCAUCUUUCAGUUAUUCUGGCCAAGAACUUGGUUACACCCACAUUCAAUCCCUUAGGAAUCUUGCUGGUUUUACUUCUCACAAUCUUCUGGACUGUUGGCCCUCUGGUAAGAGCCACUGUUUUCUCUCACUUGGAUUUCCUAAGUUCUUUCCCAGUUGAUGUCCCUGCUUCUACAUUAUCUACUGUCUGUCCACAAUACAGCAACCAGAGGAUCCUUUAUCUACCAUCUGUUCACAAUAUAGCAUCCAGAGUGAUCCUUUUUUAAAUUUUACUAUUACCAUUAUUAUUUAAUUUAUUUAAGUAGGCUCCACGCCUAAAAUGGGGCUUGAACUCAGGACCUGGAGAUAGAGCUCCAUGCUCUACAACUAAGCUAUCCAGGUGCCUCCCAGAGUGAUGCUUUUAAAAUGCAAAUCAUAUAAUGUCAAACACCCCACCCCUUAAUCCCUCUACUCCAUCUAGGGACUCUUCCUUUCAUUCACUCAAGGUCAGAAUCCAGUGAAAGGCUUAUAAAGCCCUGCAUGAUCUGCCCCACUUCUCAGUGCUCUCUGUCCUACUCCUUUGCUCACUGGGCUUCAGCCAUACAGUAUCCUGGACUUUAUACAGCCAGGCCCCUUCUCCCUUAGUAUUUAACCUGGCUCUAGAUGUUUCUUAAAAUCCGCCCCCCUUUUUUUUAAACAGCAGGUUUGGGUUUUCAAGGUGAAAAGCUGAUACGAUUUCAGGGCAGUAAAAAUGAAGCUGGGCUCUAUUUUCUCUUUUCUCUGUGCUCCUCAUUUUAGUGGUAUCACCAAUUCCUUUGGCUUUACCUAUCAUCUAUAUUCUGAAGAUUCCCAAAUGUGCAUCUCCAGCCCCCGACUUUUCUUCUCUAUGCCCAAGCAGGCAGUCUGUGUCAAAAAGGCAAUGGAAGGCACUGAUGGAACGCCGUCCAUUUCUGUAUCAGGGAGGAUGUUAGGUUUGAGGUUAGUGUUGAGAAUAACUACCAUGACUUCCAGUGCUUUGACGAAACCUCAGAUGCGAGGCCUUCUGGCCAAGCGUCUGUGAUUUCAAUUGUUGGAGCGUUCGCUGUAUCCCUGGGGGUUCCAGCUUUCUAUAAGUUUGCUGUGGCCAAACCAAGAAAGAAGGCAUACGCAGAUUUCUAUAGAAAUUAUGAUUCCAUGAAAGAUUUUGAGGAGAUGAAGAAGGCUGGUAUCUUUCAGAGUGCAAAGUGAUUUUGGAAUGUAAAGAAUUUCUUUGGGUUGAGUUCCAUUGAAGUCUGUCACUGACCUGUGUUCCUGAACUAUGAAACACAAAUAUUGGGUUAUGGAAUAGUUUGUCUUGAUAAAUAAACAACUAACAAAAAAAAAAAA